UAGCCGGCUGGUAGCGGACCUAUGUAACGGAUCCGCAGGCAGCACAGCCUGGAACUCCAGCUAGCCCGACCAGGAGCAGUUCGUUUGGUCUUUGUUGCUUCGCCUACAAGUGGACGUUUGCAGCCGGUUUCUGAGGUCGCUCCUGCCGACACUGUCUUCAGAUAAAACGUUUAAAGCAUGUCCCGGGAGAGGCAGGCGGUGGAUACAGCCCGCAGGGCUUUCCUUACUGGGAGGUCCAUACCUCUAGAGCACAGAAUCCACCAGCUGAAAUCUCUACAGCGUUUCCUGGUGGAGCGACAAAAGGACAUCGCUCUGGCCCUCAAGAAAGACCUCCACAAGAGUGAGCAUGGAACACCUCUAUACGAAACGAUGGGUCUGGAGGGUGAGAUCUCACUGGCCGUAGACCGGCUGGCAGAGUGGACGGCGCCACAGCCGGUGGAGAAAACCCUACUCACCAUUUCAGACAAGGUGUACAUCCGGCCCGAGCCACUGGGAGUGGUACUGAUCAUCGGGGCUUGGAACUAUCCCUGGGCAGUGACCAUCCAGCCCCUCAUUGGAGCCAUUGCCGCAGGUAAUGCUGCGGUAGUGAAGCCGUCGGAGGUCAGCGCUCAUACUGCCAAGGUGAUGGAGGAGCUCCUCCCCCUCUACCUUGACAAGGAGCUGUACCCCGUGGUGACAGGUGGGGUUCAGGAGACCCAGGAGCUGCUGAAGCAGCGCUUCGACCACAUCUUCUAUACAGGGAACAGCACAGUGGGUAAAGUUGUGAUGGAGGCUGCUUCCCGCCACCUCACCCCCGUCACCCUGGAGUUAGGGGGUAAAAGCCCCUGCUACAUCGACAAAUGCUGCGACCUUGCCAUUGCUUGCCGCCGCAUUACUUGGGGUAAAUUUACCAACUGCGGUCAGACAUGCAUCGCCCCAGACUACAUUCUGUGUAACCCCUCCAUCCAGGACAGAGUGAUAGAGGAAAUCAGGAAGGCAGUGAAGGAGUUCUACACAGAUGACCCGAAGACGUGUGCCGAUUAUGGCCGCGUCAUUAACGCACGGCACUUCAAGAGGGUGAUGGCAAUGAUGGAGGACAGCAAGGUGGCCCUGGGCGGGGAGAAUGAAGAGUCCCAGUGCUACAUUGCUCCUACGGUGUUGAGGGAUGUGAAGGCUGAGGCCAAGGUGAUGCAGGAAGAAAUCUUUGGGCCUUUGCUACCCAUAGUGCCAGUCAGUGGUGUCGAUGAAGCCAUCCACUUCAUCAAGGAGAGGGAGAAGCCACUGACUCUCUAUGUCUUUUCUUCAGACAACAAGCUGAUCCAGCGGCUGAUUGCCGAGACGUCCAGUGGGGGCGUCCUGGCCAACGACUGUCUAGUGCAGUACUCUGUCAGCGCACUGCCCUUUGGAGGAGUGGGCAACAGUGGGAUUGGCACCUACCAUGGCAAGCACACCUUUGACCGACUGAGCCAUUUAAAGAGCUGCCUGGUGAAGUCGCUGGCCAUGGAGAGCCUGAACAAGAUGCGCUACCCACCCCAUACGGCGGAAAAGCUGGGCUGGGCUCGCUUCUUCAUCCUCAAGCAGGUUAACGUGAGCCAUUUAGGGUGGCUGGCCAAGAUGGCCCUGCUGGCUAUAAUCGCCGCUGUCGUGCUUCAGAGGGUUUUGUGGUGAGGCAGCUGCCAUCUGCUGAUUAUUUGCAACCAGGACCAGAUGCUGAUGUAACUGCUAUAUCUUCCACCAGUGUUACCAGAACACUGUGGCACGCUUGAAACUGUUUGAAAAUGUUUUAUUAAUUUUUUAAUUGUGCUGUAUUGCACAAAGGAAAAAAGGCCUUGAAUGUUUUAGCUCGAUUUUGCUUACGUCUUUAACAUUCUUGUGCUUUCAGGCCUCUGCCUCCAUAAAUCGGUUUUAAGGAAGGAGUGACAUUUGCUUCUCUGACCCAUAUCUGUUGUUCUUAUAUCAGAAAGUCUGUUUGUUUCCAUUAGGGUGACCAGAUAAUCCAUGUCAGGCAGGACACUUUGAGCUGCUUCAGGUUUUACAAACUACUUUAAAACUGAAAGGCUUCAGUGCUAAAUAGCUCAGUUGUUCAGUGGUCCAGUGACUGGUUUGUUUCCUUGACUGAAAGACUCAUCCAGCUGUUUCACACAUUAUCCAACUCAUCCAGCUGUUUCUAACAUUAGUGACAUGCAUGAUUAUAGGAGACUGACCAAUCAGCAUGCAGCAAGAAUUCAUUGCUUAAGAGAAAUCUAACUUAGCUGCCUAUCUUGGCCAGGUCUCCCUUGCAAAAGAGAUUUUUAAUCUCAAUGGGCUUCUCCUGGUUAAAUAAAGGAUAUAAAUAAAUAAAUCUGGGUGCUUUUAGCUGAAAUGGUAGUUUACAAACCCUGUCCUAGCUCGAAGGGUCCUCCCUGACAUUGAUUAUCUGGUCACCCUGGAUUCCAUGAGGGAUCGAGGAAUCACUACUGAAUUGGAUGUGCCAAAACCCUGAGUUGUGUAUUGUGGGAACAAGGAGGAGGUCCAGAAAUCCACGAGAACCUGCUCAUUCAGGCCUGAGAUCACACUAGGGCUGGCCACCCUUAUGCUGUGGCACAGGGAGUAGUUUCUUACAAAACCCUUAUCACAGGGGUGAGCAAUCGUAUUCACAAAGGGCCAGUGUGUGUGCAGGUUUUUGGGAUAACCUUUAGGUCAGCUGUUCGAACCCAGGUGCGAGGACUUUUCAGCCAAUCAGUCCUCUAAUUGAUAGUCUAACUGGGGAGUUGCAGCGAAAACCCGCAAACACAAUGGUCCUUUCUGGAUAAGAUUACCCACCCCUGCCUUAUCAGAACAUGGGCUACUCUUUUGUAAACAGUAUUGAACACAACCAGCUCCCAUAUUAUUUGAUUUUAUUGCAUUUUUGAUGCAGUAAAAAUAGCUUUGGCUCCCAUGUCCAGACUUGGCUUAGGUAAAAGCUGCAACAGUAAUAUUUAAUUCAGGGAAAAAUAACUCAUUUUAAUGUGCCUGUUCGUCUUUAUGAUGGCAAUACUAUGCAGUUUUCAUUCCUGACACACAAUUUCAUUUUUUCAUGAAUCCUCCUCUUUUACUCUAAUGGAUUUUAGAGUACGUAAAGCAUUCAGAUGUUUACUGCAUUGUAACCUGUUUCAUUUCAAUAAAUUUGAUAAUCCCUAAAAA